AUGGACGAAUCGUCGAUUGGCGUAGGAAGAAGACGGCUGAGGUCCCAGGCGAGACAUUCGCUGGGGCCCUUUCAGUGUCGUCAGUGCCACAAGAGCUUCUCGAGGAUUGAGAAUCUCACCAGGCACGCCGAAAACCACCGUGAAACUACAAGGUUCUCCUGCAGUAUCUGCAGCCGAGGCUUUACAAGAAGUGACCUAUUGAAACGCCAUGUUAAGAUCCAUGGUGAUUCUGAACGCAGCAGCAACACUGCCAACAGUCGACGAACGGGUGACUCAGAAGAUGCCCACAAUGAUCAUAGCCAAGCUGGGUCACCUGGGGUUCAAAUAUCUCCGCUAGAGACAGACAAUAAUCCAACAGUCCCCUCCGUGCAAGUCGUGGCUGCCCCUCAGCCGGUAAACUUGAACCAUACACAGAUCCUUAAUAAUGAGGAUUAUGAUCCCCAGUCCGUGCUUGAGGUAGGUACAGGCAGCGCCAUGGGUCUCGAAACAGGCCAUACUUUUCACCGUGAUGGGCUAUCCGAUGAGAUUCCAUCGAUUUCCAUGAUACAGCAUACUACCGCGUCGAACUUGGGUCUCCGGCCUGCCUCUGCAGACCUCUAUCUAGGGAUAUAUGGGGAAGGAUCAUUCCAUACUGACCUGGCCUGGAUCCUGGAUAACACUCCAGUCAACGACAUCAACUAUCAGGGUUUUGAUAGCACAUUCACCGGGGUUGCAGAAGAGCCGUUCAUCCACCCACAGCGGCAGCGCAUGUCAUUAGAAGAAGUUUUACAGGGAGCUACAUCGCAGGACUUACCACAUCUCAGAUCAGAUCACGAGAAUGAAGAUAACUGUACCUUCUCCGAUCCACGUCAAACCAACUGGCCGGAUGAAGAAGUUCACCUCGAAAGUUCAGGCCCACUCUGGACUACGAUAACAGACCCUAGAUCUUGGGUAGAUUCUCAAGAAAUCAAAGACUUCAACGAUUUGUGGGAAAAGACUCAACACUGGUCCUGCAAGGUUGACGCCGGAGUUAGGGACCGCAUCCUCCAAACCCUGUCGGACAACUCCGCUGCUGAUCAGGGUCUAGCUGCCGCUGAUGGGAAUUCUUUUCCCACCGCAGAGACCUUGGAAUACUUUAUUCAACUUUAUAUAUUUCAUGUACAUCCUCGUUUUCCGGUUGUUCAUCCUGCAACAUUCACUCCUGCCAAUUCUCCGUCUUUCCUACUUCUUUCCAUGAUAUUAGCCGGUUCCAACUAUACCAAAUCCAACCGUGGCAAGUUCUCAGUAGUGUAUCUACAUACUGUUAUGGUAAUGUUCCUUCGUUUGCAGUCUUUGGAUAUCCAAUUUUUGCGAUCCAAUGAUAAUAUCUUCACAUUACUUCUUCUGUGUGUUUCCGGUACAUGGUCUGGUCAGAAGGCAGCCUUUGAACUUGCAGAAGGAGCUCGUGGAAUUCUGGUUACAGCCUGUCGUCGCUGCCGGUUGCUAGACUGUCGACCCAAGACUCAACCCUCUGACCCACAGUCUUCGCGCUCCAAGCGGACAAGGUUACGUGAAACUUGGAAGAGCUGGAUUGACCUAGAGCAGCGUAAAAGACUCGGCCUUUCGAUAUAUAUAUUCGAUCUUCAGUUCCCUGCACUGUUCAACAACCAGCCUUAUAUUGGAAAGGCCGAAAUAAUCAAUUUGGUCCUGCCUUGUGCGUCUACGUUUUGGGAGGCAGCCUCACCAGAGGCUUGGAAAGUAUUGCUUGGUCCCGCGGAACUACCGUCCUCUAUGUAUUUCAUGGUCUCCAUGGACACGUGUCUCCUUUAUCCUGCAAUCAGAAAAGAGCCGCCGUACGCCCCGCUUGAUGCCUUUGGCAAGACUAUUUUGAUGUAUGCUAUUUUUGCCCAUAUCUACGAAUGGCGGCAGACAGUCAGCAUUGUGGUCUACAAGGGCUUCACUCGUGCUCCAGAGGUUGGUCUCUUUGAGCCAGGAGAUGGCCUCAAAGAGCGACAAGGUUGGUUAUACAAUGCUCUUGCCUGUUGGCGAAGAUAUUAUCAUUAUGGGGACCCAACAUGGAGGAAGAUGGGUAGCAUGGGGACUGAGCCAUCCUCUUCGGGGCUGCUUCUAAAUUACCUAGCAGAGAUAUGUGUGGACACCAAUAUAUCCGAUGUCCAUCUUGUUGCUGGUCGAUCAGGACUAGAGGAAGACAUCCACCUCGCAGAAGAGUCUCUUCGGCGGUGGUGUGAUGGGACUCGGUCUGAACAUACUAUCGAACGGGUGAACGCAAUGCUGGCCGCCGCCUAUAAUAUCAUUGAACAAGGCCAUGCGAGCGAAUGUGGAUUCGAGAUCGCAGUAUGUCUGCUGACAGGUGGCUUGCUUUUGUGGGUAUACCAUCGCUUGGGUGAGAGAGGGACCGCAGACGCCCAGUUGCAAAAGGCAAGCCAGUCCCUUGAGCAGUUCGGCUCGUGGGGGAUCUGCACCAACUUCGCACGUAUCCUAAGACGGUUUAUCGCGUGA